GAAGGGGGCGUGGUAGAGCGGGAGAGUGGUCAUAUGAGAAGACUGGCAUGGCAAGUCACGUGACGGUAGAAGCCGAGGCAGCGUUCCCUAUGGCAGAGGCUGGCUUUGCGGCUCGCUUGCACCCGCGGCUCUCGGGGCUAAAGGAGAGAUUGAGCCGCUGCAGUAGAGACGGAGAGGCCAGUGAUACAUUUUUAACACAGGCUGCUGCUACACUGGAAAGACUAGCAGACCUUUGCAAAGAACCUGGAGCAAACUGUACACUUUCCAGAUUUUUGCCGCUUUAUACACAGGCUCUGCUGGAUAUCACAUAUUUUGAGGAAAACCAGCUUGUCAAUGAAGACUUUCCAGAAGAGUCUUCUUUGGGAAAAGUUGAGGAAUUAAUCAAUGCACUUUCCGAGCCAGAAAGAUUGGUCAUUGAAAGCAGCACAUCCCAAGAACCACUCACAGUGCUUGGUAUGGAAUUGCUUGAAUGCCUUUACUGGAGGAGAGGGGCUUUACUCUACAUGUUUUGCCACACAGUCAAGGAAAGGAAAGAAUGGUUGGAAGAGAAAACUGAUUCACUUAAAAAGUUUCUUUACAGUGGAGUCCAUUACUUAGUGAAAAUGCUUGGCUUCAGAAGUUCUGAUAACCCAAAUGAGGGAUUUUUGUAUGAGGAUGCAAAUACAGCUAGACUGGUUUGUGAAGGCAUAUUUAGUGACAUCCAUCUCUUGGCCAUGAUGUACUGCGGAGAAAUGUGUUACUGGGGACUAAAGUACUGUGAAAAAGAAAAGGAACAAAGGCAGAACACAGGUGCAGAGUCAAGUGAUGACCCGCCCGACAGCUUACACAGCCAGGUUUUGGACUUCCGAGAGACAGGAGAGAAAAUGGUGCAGAAAUACAUUACUGUGUGUGAAGGACCUUUGAAAUCACAUAACUGGGACACAAAAAAUGCAAAGCGCAUCCUGGACUUUUUUCAACACUUGGCAAUCUAACUAUCUUUAGCAGAUUUACCUUCCAAAAAGAAGAGCUGGGUAUCUUCUCUAUGUCAGCUGGAACCCUAAUUUUGGGUGGUUUGGGCUUAUCUAGAUAGGCUACAUGGGUACAGCAAUCUCUAUAUUUUCUGACAGUCAUGUUUCUGUGAUGGAAGAAGCUGGGACCAGCAUGUUCCUCUAGGUGCAUGUGGGCUCCACAUACCUUUAAAAGCAGGACUAAAUAAGUGUGAGGAGGAUAACAGAAUAGAACCUGCUGGGAUUUGUAUCUGUUCACAGAACAAAGUAACUACAUAUGAAGCCACACUCCAGCUAGGAUGUCUUUUACACUAAACCAGCAUAACCUCCAGCUGGGCUAGUACCCUGAAGUUAUGCGAACAGUGAAAAACCAUCUACGCAGUAUUCUUAACACUUCUGGCUCUAAUAUUUGUGGAACAAGAAAUUAUAUUUAAAUAAAGUUAUGUGAAAUAAUUGA